CGUGGACGUGGCAGUCGCUCUUUUCCUUCUGACAUCAAAUUCGACCUAGAAAAAUUCCUCUUGCAGUUGAAUCGAAUACAAUAGCCGAACGCCAAAGUCGUUUCGGACCUAUCUUAGUAUGCUGCCUGUGCAUCGUCUUAGUAGUAUGCCUAAUGACUACAACGAUGACAAGUAUCGUAAGCACGGUCGACAUUGGAGUAUAAAAAUGUUCCUGUCAGGUUUAUGGACUCGCCGGAGAUCUGGCGUGUUAAUUUGCUUGUUUUUAAGCUUCUUGGCGAUUUAUACAUUACUAGUGCACGAUCGACCAUUAAGCGAUGAAGUAUUGGACACAAAAGCAGUGACAGACGAAUACCAAGCGCCUCCGCCUCUUGCGCCGCCCAUAGACGACAACCGGCCUAACGAGAUCGUGAUUCAAGACGGAAGCAGUACUAGCGAUGACCGUUCUGGGAACAACGAUAGCAACAGAGACGAAAACAUUAGCGAGGGCAAAGAUGACACUAGCGACACAUCAUUUUUGUUCACACAGAUACCACCGCCCAAACAACUGAAACCAGCGGACGACAAAGAAACAGCGUAUCGACAAGAACAGGUCGUAGAAGCAUACCGUCAUGCUUGGAAAGGAUAUGUACAAGAUGCAUUUGGUAUGGAUGAAUAUGAACCAUUAACACACCAAGGUCGCGACUGGGCGCCUGGAGGCCUUGGCUUGAUGAUUGUGGAUGCAUUGGAUACGAUGCUACUGAUGAACUUGACGGAGGAAUAUACAAUGGCGCGAGAAUGGGUGGCAACCAAGCUGGAUUUCGACAAGGAUCAGAAUGUGAAUGUAUUUGAGACGACGAUCCGGGUGCUAGGCGGACUCCUGUCGGCGUAUCAUCUGUCAGGCAAUGACCCGGUUUAUUUGGAUAAGGCAACGGAUCUGGGUAAUCGGCUGCUUGGUGCGUUUCAGACGGAAUCAGGAAUUCCGUAUGCCAGUGUCGUGUUGUCGACGGGAUUGCCGUUCACGUUUCAUGUCCCGAGCAGCACGGCCGAGGUCGCUACGAUUCAGCUAGAAUUCAAAUAUCUCAGCCAUCUGACGGGUGAUCCUAAAUAUUGGACUGCAGCCGAACGGGUCAUGGUCAAGCUGAAGCAAUUGGUGGACCAAGGACAUACCGUGGAUGGUCUUGUCCCCAUCUUGAUCCAUCCACAGACUGGCAUGUUCAACACAAGAGAGAUCCGUCUUGGUUCACGCGGUGAUAGUUAUUAUGAAUACCUAAUCAAGCAAUAUCUGCAAACAGAAAAGACGGAGCCAAUAUAUUUGGACAUGUAUCGACAGACGGUGCAUGCCAUCCAGAAGCAUCUGAUGAGCAGGAGCCACCCGAACAAUCUACUCUACAUUGGCGAGCUAUUGAAUGGAGUGCCUGGCACCGUUCAUCCGAAAAUGGACCAUCUCGUCUGCUUUAUCGGUGGUUCAUUUGCGCUAGGUGCUACACAAGGUCUGACAUUGGCGCAGGCACCAUUGAUGACAGACGAAGAUCGAGACGAUCUCCAAAUGGGCAAGGAAAUCACGCGGACGUGUUGGGAAAUGUACAGCUCGACAGCCACGGGUCUGGCAAGCGAGAUUGUUUACUUUAACACGAACAGCAAUAAUCAGGGGGGUAACGGCAACGAUAUCUUUAUCCAGCCGCGCGACCGACACAACUUACUGCGACCAGAGACUGUGGAAAGUUUGUUUAUCUUGUGGAGAAUUACGGGAGAUCCUAUUUAUAGGGAAUGGGGUUGGCAAAUUUUCGAAUCGUUUGAAAAAUAUACCAAGCUGCCGAAUGGUGGCUACGCCGCGUUGAAAGACGUUACCCAGAUACCGCCACCACAAGACGAUCGCAUGGAUACUUUCUUUUUGGCCGAAACACUGAAAUACCUUUAUCUACUGUUUUCACCGGAUGAUUUCAUCCCAUUAGAUAAAUACGUGUUCAAUAGCGAGGCCCAUCCAUUGCCUAUGUUUCAACCUGGCAACAAUCGAUAGUGACAGCAGUGUAGUUUCUAAUAAAUGCUCCUUUUCCCAUUUUUCCACAGUGUCACUGUCAUUGUUGUCUAGCAAUAAGUGAGAAAUUCUUGAGAAAUGGUGGCGAAUGGUUGGUGGUGGCUGGAAAUAGAGACCAGAGAGCAGCACAGCGUGACCACGCUCUAUCAAUUUUGAAUUCCUGCUAGCGAGUUUGUUCCUGGC